GUAUUGUGGUAAAUGGCCUGAUUAACAUUAGUAUUUCAACAAUUGAGAAGCGUUAUGAGUUGAACAGUUCCCUCACUGGCUUAAUCUCUGCAAGCUACGACAUUGCUUUUUGUAUAUUGUCACUGUUUGUAUCUUUUGUUGGAGAAAGAGGGCACAAACCACGAUGGCUUGCUUUCUCAGCAUUUAUGCUAGGAUUGGGCUCACUUAUAUUUUCCUUACCACACUUCAGUAGUGGAAAAUACCACUAUGGAGCUAAACUUGAAGACACGUGUCAAAUUCCAGGAACAAGCUCUGCUAACUUCACUUGCAGUGCCAGCGCAAAGUCUUCACUUCCCAACUAUCUGUAUGUCUUUAUCCUGGGACAGCUGCUGCUGGGAGUUGGAGGAACUCCGCUAUAUACUUUGGGGACAGCUUUUAUUGAUGAUAGUGUCCCAAAACACAAGUCUUCCCUUUAUAUAGGAAUUGGCUAUGCCAUGUCACUGCUGGGUCCUGCUAUUGGCUAUGUCUUAGGAGGGCAGCUACUUAAUAUUUAUAUUGAUAUCCAGAUCCCGGAAAGUACAAAGAUGGAUCAAGAUGACCCACGUUGGCUUGGAGCAUGGUGGAUAGCAUUUCUUGCAUGCUUUUUUGCAAUUUGGCUUCUUAUAAUACCUUUUUCAUGCUUUCCGAAACACCUACCAGGAACAGCACAAAUACAGGCUGAAAAAAUCUCUGAAACUCAUAAUGAUGGAAGUGAGGCACUUGUUGAGACCAAGGAUAUUGGAAAAACUUUUAAAGACUUUCCCAUGGCUCUCCUGAUACUGUUGAAGAAUCCAGUGCUUAUGAGUCUAAUAAUAGCCAGUUCUUCAGAAGCUUUAGUUGCCACUGGCUUUGCCACAUUUCUACCAAAGUUCAUAGAAAAUCAGUUUGGAAAGACAUCAAGUUUUUCAGCAACUCUUGGAGGGCUUGUAUUAAUUCCAGCAGCAGCACUAGGCCAAAUCAUAAGUGGCAUCUUGGUUUCCAAGUGCAAAAUGGAUUGCAAAAGCAUAAUCAAGUUCAUGAUAGGCACUUGUUCAGUGGCCCUACUAUUAAACACAGUGUUUUUAUUUUCUAAAUGUGGCAAUGAACCUUUCGCAGGUGUCUCUGAAACAUAUAAUGGAACAGGCAUGCUAAAUAACUUAACAGCGCCAUGCAAUGCUAACUGCAGAUGUUUGCGGUCUAUGUACUACCCAGUUUGUGGCAGAGAUGAAGUCCAGUACUUUUCUCCCUGUUUUGCAGGAUGUGCAUCACAUCUUUUUAACAACAUGAAAAAGAUGUACCACAACUGUUCCUGUAUUGGGAAACCAAAAAGAGAAAAUGGUUCAGAAGACUUUGUCUAUGAAGCUGUCCCUGGGAAAUGUCCAACACAAUGCAAAUUUUUACCUUUAUUCCUGAUCUUCUUCUUUUUUGCUGUUGUUUUUACAUUCAUGGCUGUUACUCCAACAACUGUGGCCAUUCUCAGGUGUGUGCCAGAUAAACAGCGCUCAUUUGCUCUUGGAGUACAGUCAGUGUUUCUACGACUACUGGGUACUAUUCCUGGACCAAUUUUGUUUGGUGUUGCUAUAGACAACAGUUGUACUCUGUGGGAUAUUAAUGAAUGUAAAACUAAAGGAGCCUGUUGGGUUUAUGACAAUGAAAGAAUGGCUUAUUUGCUGAUGGGCAUAAGUGCUGCUUGCAAAAUCAUCACAAUCAUCUUUAUGGUCACGGCAGUAUGUUUGUAUAAGCCUCCACCAGCAAGUGCAGCCCUGUCACAAAAGGAUUCAGAAAUGGUAUCUGCUAUACACAC